AUGCCGACUCUGUCGUCGAGCAGCCAGCAGGGGAUCCCCGUCAAGCAGGCGGGCAGUGGUCUCUCCUCUAGUGGCGCAGCGUCAGACGAUGGCGGUGGACCCAAACGCGUGCUCAAACACGCCAUGACGUUAUCGCAUUUCCCAUCCAACCGAAGCUUGAACAAAGUGGCGCCCGAGGAUGUGAUGCCUCCGCCGCCACCGACACGACAGCAACAGGUGAUGGCGUUUGUCGAGAACCAGUACAUCAGCUCCUUCAUGACUGCUUGCACCAUCUUUGCGCUCUUUGGCGACGACUUCCGGGUGAGUUUCUUCCCGAAAAGUGCCGACGACCACGUGUACAACGUGCUGUUUGCACUCUUCAUCUUCUUCUCCAUUGAGCUGUGCUGUAACGUAUACAGUCGUCCAAACUACUGGAACCACGGCCGAGGCUUCUCCUUCUACAUGGACUUGAUCUCGACGCUGUCUGUGAUCCCGGACGUCGACUGGAUCUGGUCCAAAGUCGUCGGGACGUCCAACUCGACGAGCGCGUCGCAAGCGGCCGCACUCAAAGCAGGUCGCGCGUCUCGAGCAGGAACGAAGGCAGGCCGAAUAGUGCGACUGGUGCGAUUGUUCCGAAUGUUACGUAUCUUACGUGUCGUCAAGAAGAACAAGAACGGCGAGACCAAGAAGAUCGAGAUCUCGGAGCCGUCCAAGAUCGGCAAAGUGCUGACGGAGAAGACGACGCGGAGACUGAUCGUGCUAGUGCUGCUGAUCAUCAUCGUGUCUCCGAUCAUCGACGGCACAGUGGACUUGACACAGGACGAUUUCCAGACGUCGCAGUUCGAGCGGCUGCAUCGCUACACGCAGGACUACAACAAGACUGGAUCGAUCACUCUGGCGCAUAUGCGGAGUCUGGUGAACGAAUACGUACGCGAUUCCAACGGCCUGAUCGUGCAGAUGGAACUCUCCAGUAUCGACAAUGCUGUGCUGAAAACAUGGCUACAGGCAGUCAAGUUCCAGUCGCUGAAUAGUGACGGAAGCGACUGGCACUUUGGGUCGAAUCAAACACGUUCCAAGAACCCGAAAACCGGGUGGUCUGCCUUAUAUCUCGUGGACAAUCCAACGGAAAAGUAUCGCACCACCGAGAUCACGACAGUGGACAAUCUGGGGUGUUAUGUCAACGACAUGUGUGUCGACUGCGACGCCGCUAGUGGCAUGAGUCGCUGCCAUUCCGCUGUCACGUUCGACAUCUCGUCGUAUACACAGAACGCAGCCAACUUGAACAUCGGCAAGACGAUCGUCGUGAUGAUCUGCUUCGCUGUAUCCAUCUUCGUGCUGACGAAAGACGCCGAGUCGAUGGUUAUUGGUCCGAUUGAGCGCAUGAUGCGUCUGGUAACACAACUCGCUCAGAACCCUCUCGGCUCGACUGAAGCCAAACGCGAGGAAUACGAAGAAGACGCACCCAACGGCACGGACUACGAGACCAAAAUGCUCGAAGAUACACUCAGCAAGAUCGGUCGAUUACUACAGGUAGGCUUCGGUGCUGCCGGUACAGAAAUCAUCGCGAAGAACAUGGGCGGAGCUGGCGACUUCGACGUGAUGAUCCCUGGCAAGAAGAUCACGUCGGUCUUUGGCUUCGGUAUCAUCGAACACUUUACCGAAACGUGUAGUAUCUUAGAAGAGGACGUCAUCACGUACAUCAACACAAUCGCCGAGAUUGUACACGGCGACGCGAAGGUUUUCCAUGGCGCAGCGAACAAGAACAUUGGCUCGGCUUUCCUGUUGGCGUGGAAGAUCUGCGACGGCUCUUUGCCUGGGAUGCGCGACCCGCGUGACCCUGCCGAUAAACCUCGCAUGCUGCCGGCUGAUAAGGCGAGGAAACGCGACGGUAUCUACAUAAAGAGCGUUGGAUCGGGCACAGUAGUACGACGUGUCGGACCGACGGAACUUGUGGACAGCGCCCUGACUGCUGUACUGAAGAUGCGUGUCGAUAUUCACAACGCCAACCACCACGGUACUUUGCACAAGUACUGCACGAACACCAAGCUAAUCGCUGCCUUUGACAGCUUCGAGGUACAUUUAGGCUUCGGACUGCACAUCGGCUGGGCGAUUGAAGGCGCGAUUGGCUCGAGAUUCAAGAUCGACGCGUCGUAUCUGUCUCCAAACGUCAACAUGGCGGCGCGUCUCGAGGCCGCGACCGGUCAAUUCGAUGUCCCGAUGCUUCUCUCGGAGUGGUUCGUGGACGAAUUGUCAAUUGAGGCGCGUCGAUUCUGUCGUAAAAUCGACCGCGUGGCUGUAAAAGGCAGCGAGAUCCCCAUGGAUUUAUGGACGUUCGACAUCGGACGGUAUCCUUCAGAAGGGGUCAAGCCAGAGAUCAGCGAGGAAGGGAGGCAAAAACCGGUCGAGUUCGGCGUUGACCCCAUCUUCAAAUCGCUCCAGGAAGGCAUUCCGAGCGCCUUCUUUUCGAAUUUUCAUGAAGGUAUCGGCGCCUAUUUCGCAGGGAAAUGGGAUGUGGCAAGGUCCAAACUCUCCACUGCUAACCAGAUCUGGGAAGACGGACCCACCAAAGUCGUGCUCAAGGUCAUGGAGACCGAAGGAAAGACACAAGAGGGUGAAUUUAUGGCUCCUAAGUGGUGGAAGGGCUUUCGACAGCUCACAGAAAAGUAA